AGUUUUCCUUGGAUUUAACAAGGGGAGAGCUUAUCAAUGUCGUUGCGCCGCCGCCGCUGGAGCACAGAUUGCUAACUGACAAGUCGAGCUCGAGAGAGGAAAUUGUCAUCUCAGAUGAGGAAAGAGAGCAACUUGCUAGCAGUCUGUCAGCAUUUUUUCUUAAGCUAAAACAGGGUGAGAAUGUUUUGGCAUCGAUAACCAUUGGUCAGCGCUCGUUGACUUCAAUUUUGAUUUUGAUCUCGAUGUACACGAUAGGACGAAUCUGAUAGCCGCCACAAUACGCCAGAUCUACUCGAAGAUGUUCGUUUCGUCGCCCAGUUAAUUUCACAAGGCAGGAAGGUCCAGGCAGGCAGCAAUGAACAGAUUCAACUUCGAGCUAGCGUUCGUAGAAUUUUGAGACCUUUCGCCAGUAGCGUUCCCAGCUCUGAGCCAGUUGUGUACAAGGGUGCAAAGAUGGACUAAUGGAUUCAAUGGAGAAGUGCGAUCCACAGCUAAUCUCCACGUCGCCAAUAGAUACCCUUAUAGUGGAAACAUGUCAUACACCCCGGUCCUGGCUACCCACAGCUUGGUGGAUGGCAUGACGGAGGUCCAGUACUCUGCGGGAUCUUUUCUAACGAUGGAGCAGGUCCUGCUCAGGAAUUACGAGUUGGCUGGCGCUUUUCUCAACGUUGUCAGAGAGAAGACACAAACCAAUACGGACGACAGCGUGGUACCUGCUGUGUUGAAAUAAAGUUGGUGUUCUUGGCUGCUGCGAAUGAAGAAUUCACAAUGAACGAGCUUGAAGAUAUAUCGGGGGCAGAGAUCUACCAUUGUUCAAGGGACGACGAUGGCAAAUUCAAAGAAGGGCUGUGUGCCAGGCUCAGAAGGCACACAUCUCAGCUUGGUUGCUGGAAACAUCUGAUUAGUGGGAGGCCACCUACAACGGAGGAUGCAGAGAGGCUCCUGGAGGCGAAUGUCAUGGAGGUGCUGGCGCUUUUGACGUUGUGGUACCAGGACCCGUUUCAUUUCCAACUCUCCUACGAAUCAGUCCUAGAUCCAGAGCUCAGAAUGUCUUAUUUGCCAUGUAUGACACCUGUCUUAGGUCAUGUCGAGUACUUCGUGCCCCCCCAAUGUAGAUGAGAACCAAAUGUACUCUCAUGUACCCGACCCGUUUGAGAAGCGUACUGCAUUAGUGACGGUGGUAGCCCAUAAAAAAUCAGAGGUGCUGGAACGCCGGUUACUAUGGGGAGGUCCCUCUGGUCGUGUCAAUGACACUCCCUCUCGGAAUACCGUAUAACAUAGAGAGUGAUGCAUGUAGAAGGAAUCGCUUGAUUGUACCAGCGUGUGCACUUCAGAUCUUCGGUAUGGUCUUCACAUGUUGUUAUGGACAUAUGCAGUCAGAAACACUGAAGAGUAGUCAAUAUGGACGAUCUUCACGAGUUAGAGAUCCAGGGUGGGUAAGGUAUGUAGUAUGUGACAAGCCUGAGAGAUUGCUCAAUGUACCGUAAAGGCUGUGCGAUAUGAGAUGCGUUAUGGGGUCUGGUCAUUACAGUUCAAGUGCCUGAGUCUAUUGAAGUAUUGGCAGGGAUCUUCAUCUUGGGAAUUAUGCCCCAAUUCCUGGAGAAGAGAACAGAUUAUAGGGGGUUAGAUGUUGAGGAGAGGAUGUUUCCAUUUUCUUCGGGAGUUCAAUGCAUACGGACCAUAUCCAUCAAUCAGCAUUGCAGUAAGAGCCACAUAAAGUGCAAACCCAGAUGAAACAAGCAUCUUCAGUUCAAUGUUGAAAGAAUCAA